AUGGGCAGACAAUCAAGCUUAUUGGAAUUCUUUUCUGCCAAGAAUCUGAAUAGUAGUAAUAAUAUCAAAAAAGAAACUAUAAUUAUCUUGGAUGAUGAUGAUGAUGAUGACAAUGAUAAUGAAAAACAGAACGAAUGUCACUAUGUACAUGAGGAGAAAAAAGUGGAGAAAGUAGAUAAAGAAAUAAGCACUAAAACUCUACUAAAGAAUAAAAAUGCUGAGGCAAAUAUCACGCUCAAUAAUAACAAUAUUAAUGUAUCAAAUGAAGAUCUUUUAAUUAUUCGGCAAAAUAUAAAAUCACGGAAAAAACAACCAAACAUUACUAGAUCCACCAAGUUUAAAUCUACAAAGGAAAUUUUAAGCCUAAAAAAAACAGAUUUUAUGCUUUCUGAAAAAAAACCUAUAAAAAAAAUACUUUCAAACAAUAUUAAGCAACAGAAAAGAAAAAGAAAAAAUCUAGUUCCCCCUCACUAUAAGAUCUUAACAUUUGACAGCACACAUAAGAUAGUAGUUGAUGGUUUCAAUUAUACGUAUAAUGAUGGUGAAAUAAAACAUUUUUUUUUGUCUCAUUUCCAUUCAGAUCAUUAUAUUGGGUUAUCAAUCAAAUGGUUCACCGAUUAUGAACCAAAUGCAAUAGUUUAUUGUUCUAAAAUCACUGCAUCUUUAUUGAUUUCCAAAUUUAACAUUCCUUCAGAAAUAAGUUUAAGUAGAAUAAAACCUCUAGAAUUUAACACCUAUUACGAUAAUAUUUUUCCAAAAGAUAAGUCUUUGAAGGUUUUGCUUAUUGAUGCAAAUCAUUGCCCAGGUGCAGCUUUGUUUCAUUUCGAAUUUACCAACAAUUCUACUAGUACUAUUAAGUAUUUGCACACUGGUGAUUUUAGGUAUCAUCAUGAAAAAAUGUUUCCAUUUCUAUCGUUGCAUCACUACAAUAAGGUGUAUUUGGAUACUACGUAUUUAAAUAUAGCAUAUCAAUUUCCUAGUCAAGAAAAUGUCAUAAACGUGACCCUAAAUUUUUUAGUAAAAUAUUGCUUAGGACAGGGACAUAAUACCAUAUUCAAUGCCAAUAGCAAUAGUAAGAAUAAUAUCCAAUUAAUAUUUAAAUUGCUCAAUUAUAAUAAUAAUAAUAAUAAUAAUAAUAAAAACGGUAGCAUUAAAAAAAAGUAUAUCAUAUUUUUUGGCGGGUAUACCCUAGGCAAAGAACCUUUAAGUAUUUCUAUUGCUUCAGAAUUAAAUUGUAAUGUACUUAUUGAUAGAGAUACGUUGAGAGCCAAAAUUCCGGAUUUACAUAGAAAUUUAAAAUAUGAAAAUAUAUCUAUAGUGAAUAAUAGUGAAGGGGGCUCAAAAUCUACAGGUGCUUAUAUUCAAGAUAUUUUCGAGAACAGCAAUGGCAACUCUUUAACCAAUAAUGACGUAGUUUGCUGCAUUGUGCCCAUGCAUCAUAUUUCAAAAGGCUCCAAAUAUUUACUUGAUCAUCAUAACUUAAGAAAUUACGUAGUUGACAAGUUUGACACUUACAUAAUAGGUGUACAACCAACCGGGUGGAAUUUCUAUAAUAGGUAUGAUACUCGCAGCAAUGAUAUUAGCAAUAAUGAAAUUAAUCAUGAGCAAAUAAUCAGACGGCUACUAUGUAGUAAAAAUAAUAGUGCGGAGAAUAAUGAGCUGGUCUUUAAUGAGGAAAAACUACUGCAACAAUGUAAAAUACAACUAUCCAGUAAUAAUAGCAGUAAUACUCUAAGGAAAAAGAAAAUAAAAGAUAUAAAUGAUAGAUAUGUGAGUAUAAAAAUCCCGUAUUCUGAUCACAGUAGUUUUACCGAUUUAGUAGAAUUCGGAGUUUUCAAUAGUUGGGACCAAAUCAUACCUACGGUUUAUGACGGAGGUAAAAAUGGCGAGACGGGGAACAAAGAAAAGUUCCGAUGGUUUAAAUAUUGGAAAAUAUAUAAGAACUGUAAAAAUGCAAGAGAAACAAGAUGCUCAUAA